UGCUAUAAAAAUUUCUUUGGUCCAGAACGGCAACCCUAAAAAAUCAAGAUGAUGAACUAUCCUAUCUACAUUAGUUCAAGUAGCGAUGAUGAAGACGAUGAAGUACAAGAGAAGCCCAUGAAUAGCCAACAACCUGAGACGACCACCACCAUCAUUAAAGACGAGAGACGUAUCUAUGAAGCAGCGUUACAGGAUCUGAACCAGCCCAAAACCGAGAAAGACUUGCCUCACGGUGUUCUCUCAGUUCCUCUCAUGAGGCAUCAGAAGAUUGCACUGGAAUGGAUGCGUCAGAAAGAAAGAAGUUAUAACAAUUGUUUGGGAGGGAUACUAGCUGAUGAUCAGGGACUCGGUAAAACAAUCUCGAUCAUUGCUUUGAUCUUGUUGCAGAAGUUGAAGUCACAGUCAAGGCAUUCGAAGCGAAGAAGAAGCAGAAGAUCCGGUGGUACGUUGGUUGUUUGUCCAGCAAGCGUUGUAAAACAAUGGGCUAAAGAGCUCGAUGACAAGGUCUCUCUUGAACACAAGCUCUCUGUUUUGGUCUACCACGGUUCUAAAAGAACCAACGAUCCUGUCGAGCUGGCAAAGUACGAUGUGGUCGUGACGACUUACGCGCUUGUUACGAACGAAGUUCUUCAACCUUCUUCUAGUCAAAGAAGAUUCUCUGGAGCACUAGGGAGAGUUAGGUGGUCGAGGGUUGUUUUAGAUGAGGCUCAGACAAUAAAGAACCACCAGACACAAGUUGCAAAAGCAUGUUCUGGUCUUAACGCCAAGAGGAGAUGGUGUCUGUCCGGGACACCGAUACAGAACGAAGUGUGGGAUCUUUUCAGCUACUUCAGGUUUCUAAGAUAUCAUCCGUAUGCUGAACGAUGUUUCUUCAGCCAAAGGAUCAUGGUUCCGAUUAAAAACAAUCGUCUCAGAGGUUACAAGAAGCUUCAAGCUAUUCUGAGAGCUAUAUUGCUUCGACGUACCAAAGAUACAUUACUUGACGGCCAACCUAUACUUCAUCUACCUCCAAAGACUGUUACUCUUACCAAGGCCGAGUUCUCUCCAGAGGAGUUUGCUUUCUACAAGGGGCUUGAAGCAGCUUCACAAUCAGAGUUCAAGGCCUACGCUGAUGCAGGGACGGUGUCCAAAAACUAUGUUGAUAUUCUUGUCAUGCUUUUGAGACUACGCCAAGCUUGCGACCAUCCACAGCUCGUUAGAUCAUCAGAGGAAUCAGCUGUGGAGCCUGCGAGACAUAGCGACUUUACGUCAACGAAAAUCAAAGCCGUGAUGGAGACUCUACAGUCGCUUGGGAAGCAAGUCAAGACCUUGGUGUUCUCUCAGUGGACCGGUAUGCUUGAUCUGGUUGAGUAUAACUUUGUCAAGAACGGUGUGACGUUCAGAAGACUAGACGGAACAAUGUCUCUAGCAGCAAGAGACAAAGCUGUGAAAGAGUUCAACAAUGAUCCAAGCGUGCAAGUGAUGCUCAUGUCCCUUAAAGCUGGAAACCUAGGAUUGAAUAUGGUGUCCGCAAGUCAUGUGAUUAUAUUGGAUCUUUGGUGGAAUCCAACAACGGAAGAUCAAGCUAUUGAUAGAGCUCAUAGGAUUGGACAGACUCAGGCUGUUACUGUGACUCGUAUAACUAUCAAAAACACUGUUGAGGAGAGGAUUUUGGCUCUUCAGGAGACGAAAAGGAUUGUGGUUGCUUCUGCAUUGGGUGAAGAUCCUGGUGAGCUAUCUGCGACUAGAUUAACAGAACAAGAUCUUGGUUAUCUGUUUUUUGGUGUCAAGCAAGAGACUCUAUAAAAUUUUAGUUAUAGGAAGAUCUUGGGUAUUUUUUUUUCUUUUUGGUGUAAAACAAGAUUUGAUUUGGAUGUUUUACAUUAAUAGUUAUGGUGGUUUUCUAUUUAAUAAUGAGUUCUUA